AUGAAUUUUGAAACUUCACGGUGUUCCACCCUACAGUACUGCCCCGACCCUUACUUCCAGCGUUUCGUAGAAACCCCAGCUCAUUUCUCUUGGAAAGAAAGUUAUUACCGAUCCGCCAUGUCACAGAGCUCCCAAACAAGUGAGUUGUUCAGCCCGGAAGUGUUCCAGCAUAUUUGGGAUUUUCUGGAACAGCCCAUAUGUUCAGUACAGCCCAUCGACUUGAACUUUGUGGAAGAACCAUCAGAAAAUGGCGCAACAAACAAGAUUGAGAUUAGCAUGGAUUGUAUUCGUAUGCAAGACUCAGACCUCACUGACCCCAUGUGGCCACAGUACACGAACCUGGGGCUCCUGAACAGCAUGGACCAGCAGAUUCAGAAUGGCUCGUCAUCUACCAGCCCCUACAACACAGACCAUGCACAAAACAGCGUGACGGCACCCUCGCCCUACGCACAGCCCAGCUCCACCUUUGAUGCCCUCUCUCCAUCCCCUGCCAUCCCUUCCAACACAGACUAUCCAGGCCCACACAGCUUCGAUGUGUCCUUCCAGCAGUCAAGCACCGCCAAGUCGGCCACCUGGACGUAUUCCACGGAACUGAAGAAGCUGUACUGUCAAAUUGCAAAGACGUGCCCCAUCCAGAUCAAAGUGAUGACGCCACCCCCACAGGGCGCUGUCAUCCGUGCCAUGCCUGUCUACAAGAAAGCCGAGCAUGUCACUGAGGUCGUGAAGCGGUGCCCUAACCACGAGCUGAGCCGCGAGUUCAACGAGGGACAGAUUGCCCCUCCUAGUCACUUGAUUCGAGUAGAAGGGAACAGCCAUGCCCAGUAUGUGGAAGAUCCUAUCACAGGAAGGCAGAGUGUGCUGGUCCCUUAUGAGCCGCCCCAGGUUGGCACCGAGUUCACCACAGUCCUGUACAAUUUCAUGUGCAACAGCAGCUGUGUCGGGGGAAUGAACCGCCGUCCAAUUUUAAUCAUUGUUACUUUGGAAACAAGAGAUGGGCAAGUUCUGGGCCGACGGUGCUUCGAGGCCCGGAUCUGCGCUUGCCCCGGAAGAGACAGGAAGGCCGAUGAAGACAGCAUCCGAAAACAGCAAGUUUCGGACAGCGCAAAGAACGGUGAUGGUACGAAGCGCCCUUUUCGCCAGAAUACACACGGCAUCCAGAUGACUUCCAUCAAGAAACGAAGAUCCCCAGAUGAUGAACUGCUGUACCUACCAGUGAGAGGCCGUGAGACUUACGAAAUGCUGCUGAAGAUCAAGGAGUCCCUGGAGCUCAUGCAGUACCUCCCGCAGCACACGAUCGAAACUUAUAGGCAGCAGCAGCAGCAGCAACACCAGCACUUACUCCAGAAACAGACCUCGAUGCAGUCUCAGUCUUCCUACGGUAACAGCUCCCCACCUCUGAGCAAAAUGAACAGCAUGAACAAGCUUCCUUCUGUGAGCCAGCUCAUCAACCCACAGCAACGCAAUGCCCUCACCCCCACCACCAUGCCUGAGGGCAUGGGAGCCAACAUUCCUAUGAUGGGCACUCACAUGCCAAUGGCUGGAGACAUGAAUGGACUCAGCCCCACCCAAGCCCUCCCUCCCCCACUCUCCAUGCCAUCCACCUCCCACUGCACUCCCCCACCUCCGUACCCCACAGAUUGCAGCAUUGUCAGUUUCUUAGCAAGGUUGGGCUGUUCAUCAUGUCUGGACUAUUUCACGACCCAGGGGCUGACCACCAUCUAUCAGAUUGAGCAUUACUCCAUGGAUGAUUUGGCAAGUCUAAAGAUCCCUGAGCAGUUCCGGCAUGCCAUCUGGAAGGGUAUCCUGGACCACAGGCAGCUGCACGACUUCUCUUCACCCCCGCAUCUCCUGAGGACCCCAAGCGGUGCUUCUACAGUCAGUGUGGGCUCCAGCGAGACCCGUGGUGAGCGCGUGAUUGAUGCCGUGCGUUUUACUCUCCGCCAGACCAUCUCUUUCCCACCCCGCGACGAGUGGAAUGACUUCAACUUCGACAUGGAUUCCCGUCGCAACAAACAGCAGCGCAUCAAAGAGGAAGGGGAAUGAGCGCCCACUGCAGGGCUUUUCUUGUCUUUUUCCACCUCCCAGCCCCUACAGGGCACACUUGCUUGAUCUUCAAAGCAUUCUUGCUAGCGCUUCUC